UAAGAGGGCUGAUUUACUUACGACUACGUCGUUUUGACGUAACAAAAUACGAUUUGACAGGAAACCGAUUGCGACUGAUACGUUGUGAAAUCGACGUAACGCAAAGCAAAAUCGUCGUAAAGCAAUGCUCGACAGGAAACCGACGAGUUGAAUAUCUGUCUGAUGCGUCGAUUUAUCACAAAUCGACAGGAAACCGCGUUUUUGUCGAAUAUUCUUGAAUGAACUCGCUUACGUUACGUUUCUAACGAUUCUUAUGAAAAGUUGACUUGAAGUCAACUUUUCAUAAGAAACGUAAGCGAAAAUUGAAAAUGGUAUAUGUAUUUCGGUAUAUAUUUACCACACACUUAUAAAAUUGUUGCAAGUUUCGAUGAAUCUGGCCUCACAACUGACUUAAAAUUGAUAUUUCAUCAAGUUUGAGUCGUUCUAGUUAUAAUCUAGGCUAAUAAACGGUUGGAAAAAAGGACACUUGUAUAAUACAUAGGGCUAGGACUGUAUUAUACAUAGGGCUAGGUCCAUACGAUGUUUUCAUUUGUACUGUAGGUUCUUUUUUUUUUUUUUUUUUGCUAGUAGGUCUAGUAAUAACGGCGCCUCGCCCUGCAAAUUUCCUUCAAAUCUGAAUGGACAGCGAAAUUUUAUUUUUAGAGCAGGCCUAGGCCUUAUAAUUCUUUUUGAACUUCAGUUUACUUCUUGCAAAGUUUAACAUAAUUUUAACCUAUUAUACAUGAGCUAUGAUUUUCAGUUGCUUCAAAUCCAAAACAAUGACUUAAUAGUUGAACCAAAAUAAGAUCCGCAUCUCUUUGAUGUUUUACCGCGCUAAUUAUCGGGUCCAGCAAAGACGAAAUGUGAAUCUGGGUUGUUGUGGUACUGUAGCCAAUGAGCAUUACAAUUCACUGUCCACUGACAAUGAUAUAGCCAAUGCCAGAACAGAGUAAACUAUUCAAUUGUGCGCCGGUACUAGACUAUUUUCUUUUAAUUAAUGCUCUUGUGUUUUGCUUUUCAGUUUAUUUUUCAUUUUUUAAAAAUUUGUUUGAACUUUGGCCUUUGUAUUUUUAAAAUGUUUAAUUAAGUAAGGCAGGGGUAAUUAGGACAUUUAUUUAAGCAUUUCCUAAUGUAUAUUUCACUGGAUUAACUUAUUGUUUAUUUCAUUUCAUGAGACUUUCAUCCAGCUAGCAUUCCCAGGCUUUUCAUACAUUUGUUGUUCAUUCGUAAAAAAGAAGUGAUCUACUUUAUGUAAGACACACCUCAUCCUAAUUACCUCAUUUUGAUUGGCGAGAUUUUCUCAUCAGUAUUCUUGAUAAUGAUAAAAUAGAUUGAAACGUUAAAUCUCAAAAUUUCUCCCUCUCCGAGUUUUCCGUCUUUGUUUUAUUUAAGACUAUUAGUAGAUCCUCUGGUUUAAGAAUGUUUCCUUCCUCAACAUUUCAACAUAUAAUUUAUCUUGUAUGCACUUUAAUGGUGAUGCAAAAUAAAAGAAAAAAGAAAUAAAAUGACUAUAAUGGGCCUAUGAUUUUCGAUUGUACUUUUCUGUAGUGUGUUCUUAAUAAUAUGAUAGACCUCAUCAUGUUAAAUGCAAUUGACAGAAUUAACCAUUAUUGAUCGUUUAAACUGCCUGUUUAAUUUGAAUUUACAGAGUAUUCUUCUUUUUAACUUAUGUCUACUACUUUUUUCUGUUACCGUAGUCCAAUUCAGAAUUAAAAUUUUAAAAAGUGAGAUCAAAAUAAAUUUAACAGUAUAAGCCCAACUGAUGACUUGCGGAUUAAAACAUCAGGAUCAACAUUACCAAGAAUUGCAUCUCUUUGAUAUUUUACCGCGCUAAUUAUCGGGUCCAGCAAAGUCAUAGUUAAUUCGGCGGUACUGUCCGACAAAGUCACAACAGCAAGAUACGGAGAUAAACAAUUCUAAGUUCCCCACUGGUAGCACACUAUUUUCUUAUUGUUUUUGUCCAAUCCGUGUACAGUACGUAGCAAUGUGUACGGGAAUGGGUGUAUGGGCGUGGGUCUGGCAAACACUAAAAACUGCAGUGAACUUCAUUUUCAAGAAAAAUGCCUUCCUCUGCAGAAGUAAAAUUGAUGGAGACAGUUCAAUUAUACAGGUGUUUAUAUGACAAACAUGUUGCCGCAUACAAACAUGGAAAGAGAGAGAAAAAGAAUGCCUGGGAAGCCGUGGCUAAAGAAAUGGAGCUGAGCGUCGAAGAAUGCCAGCGUCUUUAUAAUGUCAGGCGAACAGCAUUUGCAAGACACCUCAAGAAAGUCCGCUCUACGGUUCGUAGUGGGGUCGGUAGGGAUGACUUGCUACCGAUUGCAGCAGAGUGGCAACAUAUGCGAUGGCUGAUUUGCCACAUAGCACAUCGAAAGACCCAUGAGAGUGUUGAAGAGGAGGCACGGCCUGAAGAUGAAUGUCUGCGCCUGCUCAACGAAACCCAGCAGGUAGACAUCAUGGUUGAGCCGGACACAGAAGGUAAAUCAUUUUUGCAUCAGGCUCAUUAUUACCAGUAAUAAUUAAAUAUAAUUCAAUAAUAAUCGUAUAACAGAUUAUAUAUAAAAAAAAAAUUCACAGUAAUACUUAAUAUUAAUAAAUUUAUUUGUACAAACUACACUUCCAUUCUUAUUUCAGGCUUUGUAAGAAAAAAAAAACUUGCUAUGUUGCUAUGUUUAAAAUUUAUUUUUCUAAGGCAUUAUGGUUUCUAAAUAUUUAAUAGCUGAGGAGGAAGGGGGUGUUUGUUAUUCUCCCAACAGAAAGUAGUAGCUAAUUUGAAUCUAAAUAGUAAAAUAGUAAAUAAUCUGUAUCUUAUCAACCAUUCUCAUGUUCAGUUGUACACCAUGACAUUAUAUAAAGUGUUUCUUCUCAGGCCUGGAUUCAACCAAAGGAUAUUUCCUUAUCACUUCUGUCAAUAUUAUAUUGUAUUUACAUAUUUUUAUAUUAAUUUUGGUUUAUAUAUCACUUUACUGUUUUUCUGGGUUUUUUUCUGUAAUAAUAAUAUAAUAGUAAUUUGGAUUUUUACAUCGGGUGUAUCUAACACAAAACUAAAAGAACAAUUACUUAUUGCAAGCCACAUCAAAUUAAAAACUUAAAACCAGCUCAAAACAGGGUAAAUUAAUCCCUUCUUUUUUCCCCUCCCUGGCAAUUUUACCAUUCUCUCUUCUCUUCCGCAGAAAUGCAAAUAUCCCUUUCCCUUUAAGACAAUAUAAAACUAACAUCAAAAGUAACAUCAAGACAAAAAAAAAUACUGUACAAAAUAAGUGG